UUUCCCCAAUGAACACAACCUGUAGAAAAACAAAACACAAAUUCCUGGUUUGGAGUGUCUAAGUCUGACAGUCACAUGGGAAACGCCCUUUGUGGUGAUCAGUUUCAUGUAAUACUUGGAAACCAUGCUUCCAUCAACAUGAUAAAAGAUGACGAUGACAGCGACGACGAUGACAGCGACGACGAUGAUGAAGAUUGCGAGUGUUGGAUUAUGCGAUACAACAUAUUUAUGACAAACUGCACACUCAUGCUUGGUAAAUUUAUGGACGAUCGUGACCGUGUCAAUGUCGUAGUUCUCGGUCUCACGGACCACAUAUGUUAUGGCCAAGGUAUGAAUCUCGAGAUCCAUAGAUCUUCAAGAAGAGCUGAAAACAAUUCUCUUCAUUUCAUUUACUCUUGUGACCCUGGCUUUAAAUAUACUACGUCCUUCAAGUUCAACGAAUCCUUUAAUCGAGACGGUGGUGUUUCGACUUGGGUUUUCUGCUAUGGUAGAGCAGGAAGAGGAGGCCUUGUAGUAAUAGAGGGGAAGAGAAAGAGUAGAGAGGACAACAAACUCUAUGCAAUAACUGUGGCACACUAUUACGCUUUUAAUAGUGGAUAUAUUUUAGGUCAAAACAGCUUAGAUAUCGGUCUUUCUAUGAUUGUUAAUUUUCAUGUGUCUAAUGCUUGUUUGAAUUACACUGUGAAUGGUCCUAUUAGACAUCCUUCAUCAGCCUUGUUUUACAUGUUUGAACAAGUCUAUAAAACCGUGAACUGGAAACUCACGUUGUGUCCUCAUUGCGCUGGUGAUGCUCUGUCUAAAUACAACACAAACAAUAAUCAAUCAACAAACAUGGCCUGGUUGGGGUCGGAGAUCUCAAAAAAUCAGUCUCAACCAUCUGCUUCACACCAACAAAUAGGAUUAACCUCGCAACCAGUUUUGGACAAAAGAUAUCCAAAAUUUUUACCAAAUCCCCCGCAACAUGGUCCUAAGGAAAAUAAGAGAUUACAGUUGAUUGACAAUCAAGACAUCAAAGGAAAUGGGAAUGGUAAUAAUAUUGAAGGGGAUCAAAAGUUUAAAAUUUCUAUUCCAUUUAAAUUUGUCAACAAUUUCCUAAAAAUGUAAAUGCACGAAGCCAAUGCUUAAUGGAAGUGAAUCAUAGUUUUAAGUUAUUAUUAUUAUGUCUAGUCAUAUAUUGUGCCUGACAAUAAAAUCCUAUUAUUAUCUCA